AUGGUAGCUGUUUCUUCCCGGGUGAGUGCAGCGGAUUCUCUUGCCUGGUGGCGCCUGUCUUUCAGUGUAAAUUCUGUGCCAAUUAUGGAAGCAUAUCCCUCUUAUGAGGUGAUAAUCCCACAACGGUUAGCAGCCCAAGGAGUGAAGACAAAGAAGGAUGAAAUAUCUUACAUCAUCAAGGCAGCAGCAAGGGAUUACAUCAUCCGGCUCAAACCCUCAAAGCAUUUGCUGGCUAAAAACUUCCCAAUCUUCACAUAUAAUUCGAAGGGGGAACGCGUUGAGAGCCAUCCCAACGUGCCAACUGAAUGCUACUAUCAAGGUUACAUUGAAGGUAUCGUUGAUUCGCUUGCAGUUCUUAGGACCUGCCUUGGUCUCACUGGUUUGUUGAAAAUUGGUGCGAGAGUGUACGGUAUUGAGCCUCUGCAGAAUUCCCCUGCCUUUCAACACCUUCUCUACCCCUCCGAAGUAUCACAGCCUAUUUUCUCAUCAUACAAAACGGGAGUGGGAAGAACAAAGCACCAAGCAAAAAAUCUGCGGAACAGACAAACCAGAGCGAUAUACAAUUAUCUCCAGUAUGAAGAUUUCCCCAAAUAUAUUGAACUGUAUAUUGUAGUGGACAAAAACGUAUUUGCCCAAGAAGCAAAUAAUGUUAGCAGAGUGCAAACUGUAGUGUUGGAUCUGGUGAACAUUGCAGAUGCCACCUUUGAGGCUCUCAAGACAAACAUUGUUCUAGUUGGACUUGAGAUCUGGACUGAAAAGAACUUAAUAGAUAUUUCUACAGAUAUCACAGAAGUUCUUCAAAGAUUCAAUAAGUGGAGAAUAACCAGCUCGGUCAACAGGACAGCGUAUGACACAGCCUUCUUGUUCCUUCAACAGGCUUUUAAAAAUGUCUUCGGAAAGUCCUAUCACUCUGCUAUUUGUGAGCCCCAUUUUUCAGCAGGAGUCCAAGUCUACUUCCAGAACGAGGCGGCCCGCUUCGCAAGGGGAUUUUCUCAUGAGUUGGCCUCUCAUAUUGGAUUGGAUCACGACGGCUCCGACUGUGUCUGUGGCAACGCUGAAAGCUGCAUUAUGCACACGUACCACGCCUCUGUUAACCGGUUCAGUAACUGCAGCAUUUUGAAUUUCUUAGAACUUCACGAACAGGGUCUCUUGGAUUGCUUGCUAAAUGUUCCUAAGAUACAUUCCAGAUUUCAGCAUUGUGGGAACGGGGUUCUGGAUAUGGGCGAAGAGUGUGAUUGCGGGGGACCAACCACGUGCGUACAUGAUCCUUGCUGCAGUUCUGAUUGUCGUUUGAAGACAAAUGUCUUUUGUGGGGCAGGACAGUGUUGCCGAAAAUGUAUGCUUGUUCCCAAAGGAGAAGUCUGUCGGGCUAAAGUCAGCGAAUGUGAUCUCCCUGAAUACUGUAAUGGUAAAUCCGCACAGUGCCCCAAGGACUUGUAUGUGCAGGACGGAACACCCUGCAGCAAAUAUUCUUCUUACUGUUACAAAAAGAGGUGCUGGAAUCACGAUUUCUUGUGCCACAGAAUCUUUAAAGGACAAUCCAAAACAGCUCCGGAGAGUUGCUACCUCGGUCUGAACACCCUCGGAACUCCCUACGGCAACUGUGGCAGUGAUCCUUCCACGAAGGAAUAUUUGAAAUGCCAUCCCAAGGACAGUAUGUGUGGGAGAAUACACUGUGUAAAUGUGAAAUCUAUGCCUGACGUGAACGAUAUGGUGGUCCAUAAGAAUUUAGUGCGGGGAACGCUCUGCUGGAGCGUUUCGCAUCCUGGCGAAAUCCAUCACCAGGACAUUGGGACUGUUCCUAAUGGCAUCGUGUGUGACCCGUACAAACUGUGCAUCAAUCGCACCUGCAUCUCCAAAGCCCUACUUAACUCGAGCUGCGACCCACGGAAAACCUGCCAAAGCAGAGGUGUUUGCAACAACCUUCACAAAUGCCACUGCAACAGUGGAUGGGCCCCUCCGAACUGCAAUCAUUGGGGUGCUGGAGGGAGCAUUGAUGGAGGGUUUCCUGUGGUCGCCUGGGGCAACUCCUUAGCCAAGUACGUUCUGGGAACUGUUAUUCCUUUUUCCAUGUUAAUUAUCGCUGCUAUUCUUGUGGUCCUUCCGAAAGUGCGGGAACUCCUGGGACCGGUUUUCAGGUGGUGGAAAACCUCCACGAAGAAAGCACUGAAUCACCCCCAAAAUACAGACACCGAGGAAGCUGUAAAAUAUUCCACCAGCAGCACUGAAAUAAAAGGAUAA